GUGUCAGUUCCAUGCCAAUGGAAAGGGACCAUGUUGAAGAAAUGGUAACACGAUGUAUAGUGGAAGUUCUCUCUACUGCUCUGUCUAAACCAAAUGCUCCACCAAUAAACCCUCUGUGCAAAGAUAUCCUUAAGAAGAGCAGCAGGUAUAACACAGCAGAAAAGAAAAAUGAAAAUGAGGAGCAGCUUGAAGUGAGGCAUUUGCAAGAACCAUCAGAGGAUGAAAACCAUCAGCAAGUGAGUGUGGAAGAACAACGAGGUCGGAAGGAAGAAAGCGAGGAAGAGAAACACCUUCAUGAGGAAGAUGAGAGCAGAAGUGAGGAGGACAAACACAAUGGGGAUAGUCACUCUCAUGAGACUAGAAUCCAUAACAGAGGAAAAAAGCACCGUAUGAACGUAAGAGGUGAGGAAGAAGAGGAUGAUGAUGAGAACAGCUAUAAGAGAAAUAACCACAGUGAAGAAGGAAUCAAAGAAAAGGGGAAUCAUGCUGAAGACUCAGAGGCAGAGUAUGAACUUCCAGACAAAAGGUCUCACUCCAAAAGCAUGGAGGAGUUCUCUCCCGGGGAUGAUAAACUCUCUGAGAGCCAUAGGCACUCUGAGGAAAAGAUGAACAGCAAUGAAAAGAGACACCAUGAAAGUGAUGAAGAUGAGGAGCAGGAAGUGCAGGAGGAAGAGGAGGAAAGCAGUGAAAGGUAUCGCCAUGAGUCUAAGGAACACAGUUCGUACCAGUACAGAGAGCAUGAAGCAUCUGAGGAGAACGAAGAAGAGGAAAAACGACGCUACAAACCAAAACAUUAUCACAAAAAGCACAGAGUAGGUGACUCCUCCAAAGAAAGGCAAGAUCACGAUAGUGAGAAAAGGAACCCACUUGAGGAACCCAAUGAUGAUGAGAAUCGAUUCUGGGAUAAAAAGAGCCAUGACCAGAAACACCAUUACAAAGAGCCAGAACAUCACCUUGAAGAGAAGAGGAGGUAUGGGGAACACAGCUCUGAAGAGUUGGAGGAGAAGAGGCACACUGGUCACGGGAGCGAGUACAGAGAGCAGCGCCAUCAGAACAAGAACAGUGGAGAGGAAGGCCAGAGGUACCACAUUGGUGGGGAAAGCGAGGAAGACAGACAUGAGAAAAAGAGGUACCAUGAUGAACCACGUGAGGCGGGGAGACAUCACUAUGAGGAGAAGAAACACCAUAGUGAAGAGAGUGAUGAAGACCUCGAUAAGCACCAUGGUCACAGAAACAGGGAUGAGAAGAGACAUCAUGGCGAAGGCAGACACCACCUACAUGACAGGGAAGAUGAAGAGACACACAAGCUGCACAGUGGAGAGAGCAAAGGGCAGUCAAUGAGGCCCUAUAGUACUGAGGAGUGGGAUGGGGAGGAGAAAAGGUACUAUCCUGGCUACGAGGGGGAUGAAGAAAUAGAAAAGAGACAUUACAGCGAGAAUCAGAAACAAGACAAUGAGGAUAGUAUGGAGAAAGUGAGGUAUGGGGAAGAGUAUAGGAGUCACUUCCCUGCCGACAACGCAAAAAGGGCUGCAAUGCGGUACAGUCCCUUAUACCACCACCUACAGUGGAAAAGCAGAAAUGAUGAUAAAAAGGACAAUAUGGGGGAACAGAUUCUGGAAAGUGAACAGGAAAGCAAACCCAGCGUGAAUGAGAAGAAUUUCUUCCCAGAAUACGACUACGAUUGGUGGGAGAAAAAGCAGCUUCUGGACAGUUUGAAUCAUGGGCCUGGUGAGAAGAGGACUCUCGGAAAGCUCCGCAAACUUGAUAUAAAAAGACAGUAUGACAGGAUGGAUCAACUUGCCCAGCUUCUGAAUUACAAGAAGAAAUCGGCUGAAUUUCCAGAACUGUACAAUUCUGGGGAAGACCUAAAAAAGCGUCAAGUGAUCAGGAGUGACAAGGGAAGUCUCAGCCAGAGGCCUCUGACAGAAGAGGAGGAAAAAGAGCUGGAAAAUCUGGCUGCUAUGGAUUUGGAACUGCAGAAAAUAGCUGAGAAGUUCAAUGUUAACAGGAGGGGAUGAAGACUGUGUACAAUGGUGCAUUUCAAAGCUAAGUGUAGCGUUACUUACUUAAAAUAUUUAUAUUUCUUGGUAAUUCACUGCCACUGAAGUAUUGUUUACCCUAAAACAGGAAAUGCAAUUUACUGUCCACUGAAGUGUAGUGAUUUACACAGCUCGAAAUGUCUUUAAUUUGCAAUUAUGCUACUGAGAUCCAACUAGCAUGAAUUCUAGUAUAUAAACUUACAUGUAAGGCAGAUAUUUUAAUAUGCUUGUGAAAAUAAUUGUGUUUGUGUUCUUCAGAAAUAUAUUUGUCUGAGUUUGAAAUAAAAAUAUUCAUCUUGGACCAAAAUCCUUCUCCUUGCUUGACUUGUUUUGGUCUAAUUUUUGUGAAUAUUUUCAAAUAACCCAGAUCAGACAAACAGAUGUAAAUAAAACACUGAAAUGUAGUUUCUGUAUGUUUAUUUCUGAAGCUUAAAAUAGAAACACACAUACAUUUUCUUUAUAUUCUAGAUCGCAAGAGCUUGUAAAGUAUACCAGAAUCUUGAUAGUUUGCACCAAUGACUCAAAUUUAUUGUCAGAAAAUUAGUUUUGUAAAUUAGCUGCUAUGUAAACAUACAUCAAAAGUAAGGUUAUUGUAUCACCAAAUACACAUGGUUGUUUAUUUUGGCAGUUCAUAAUGCUUAAUAUAUUAAUACAUUCACUGUGGUAGACUAUAAAAGUAGAGUCAAAUUAUACCACACUUGUACAAACUGAGUAGUUCUUUGGGAGUACUGCCAUUAACUUGUGUGAAUAGGUGCUCCCCCAUUGUAGAGGUAACAAUAUCUCAUCAAUCUCUCACACAAUACCACACUAGUCAUCCUUUGUACAGAAAUGCCAAGCUAUAAAGCAAAUAGAUUAGAAGGGUUCUAUGGUAUCAUCCUUAGAUGGACCAACGGUGAAUGAGCAACUGGUACAGAGCUUGGAUCUCCAUAAAACAGUCUGUCCUUGCUAAGAACAAUGAGUAGGAGGGCUGUAGAAACAUCAACUCAUGAAUCAUAUGCCACCACACAGCAGCAUAAGGAAUUUUCCUUUAAAUAGCUUCAACUGCUAUUUGUGUAUCCUGAGCUCAAGUUUAAUCAGAUUUAUCUAAGUGUUAAAAAAAAUUGCCAUGACAAUGUCUCUCUUCACUGUAUAACAUGGGGGAAGAAUACACGUGUUUAAAGUAUAACAUGUUGCCUGCAUGUAUCACAGCAUAUGUUCUGCUUGGACUAUUUUAAUCCAACUAGCCACCUGCUUAUUAAAGUAUUUCAUCCUAAAUCUAACAGUGCAAAGCAGCUCAGAACAAAAUUACAUUUUAAGAUCCUCCUCCUGCAAAUACUUAGGCACAUGCUAGUGACACUGAGUUAAAUGGGGCUACUCAAGGGCUGGAGUCUGUCCCAUUUAAGUGACAGAGCAAAACCCUAGCCCCACUGAAGGCAAUGGCAGUUUUACUAUUGACUUGUAUGAGGACCAGGAUUUCACUGUAAGAUGUCUCACUUCUUAUGCAGGCCCUAAAUGUGUGAAUAAGUGUGUGGCCUGCAAACUUCUUUCAGACUUGACUCCCUGGAAACACAACAUAAUGCUCUUUCUCCUCCACUUCCUACACAAGAAAUAUUUGCCAAGAGCAUCAGCGGUGAGCAAGCAGUUUUCAGAAGCUUCUAGGGAUAUGAUAAAUCCCCCUUUUUUAGAAUUCAAACCAAAAUCAAAGUGACAUCCAUGAGAAGUACUGAAUACAAUCAUGUUCAUUAUAGCAUGUAACAUUUAUAAUUCACUGAAGCUUUGCUUUAAAAUAACUUGAUUUAAAUAAAGAUUCAUAUUUACAGCAAUCAUUACUCAGAAUAGUCUUAGGAUAUGUGCUAUGGGGAAAAUAUGGCCAUACAAUGUAAAUGUGAAGCUGCUGAAAAGCCUGUCAACCACAACUUACUGAAUGUGUGCUGGGAGUCAGUCUCAAAACAUAAGUAAAUAUAGAUUUUGUAUAAAAAUCAUUUACAAUGCUAAUUCAUAGGGAAUAAUGCCCUAAUAUUUUAGCUAAAACAUAACAAUUUAAUCUGCAUUCAAUACACAUAAUGUUCAAAUCUGGCAAAGUAUUCUGGGUAAAAAACGUAAGCAGAACUGUAUCGCCUCUCUGGCGGAAAGCUAUUUAUAAGGCUCCAACGCCUCCUCCCCACCAAAAAAAAAAAAGCCCAAGCUUGUGGUAGCUCUGCUAUUUAUAAAGCCUGUGUUCUGCUUUCAUUAUUCCACAGGGCUGAUAUACCUACCCACAAGGGCUGUACUUAGGGUGCUUUCAAAAUGAAAUACAGAGCCCACUUCUAUUUUUGGAUCAUGCCAACUGCAACGGGCAGCCAGCUAAACUCUACUAAGCAAAAACAAAAACAAACAAAAUCUUUUCCCAAAGCUAGUUCUGUUCCCUGACAAUUUUUCCUUGUCAAAAUUCAACUUUCUAGCAACAGGUGUUUCAGCAGCAGUUGCUUAACACUCUCCUUUCCCCUGCUAACACACAUGCUUAAACAAACAAACAAACAAACAAACAAACAAA